GUAGAGUGGCGGUGUCGGAGGGCCACACAGCCUCGACAUUCCAGCGGAGGUACGAUGCCGAGUUUGUCGGACUGAGCGUCGUUCAUCUACGCGAGCCGCAGACGCUGGCAGCAGCGGGGAAUUCGAGGGCCUGUGGACCGCGCUGUGAGGCGAGGAACACAAAACACACCUCACAGCACACACCUCCACCGCCACCUCCACCUCCACCGACCUCCACUCGUAUCGGAAGCGGACGCUUUUUUCGAACUCUCCGCAUCACAGUCACCAGAUCCAUCUCGUCCUCUACACAAACAAGCAAAGCUAUGAGCCUGACACUCUCCGGACGCGCGCUGUGCCCGCGCGUGUCGCUCUCGGGCGUGCGCUCGUCGACCGGCUUCACGCGACACCUGAAGCGCCUGCGGCGCGACGGGGCCUCGCCCGAGAUCCUCGCCGCGACGAUCGGGCAAGUGCCCGAGCCGCAGCCCAUCACGGGGCGGCGGCGGAGUGUGCCCUCCCCCAUCCCGCGUGGACGGCUGGACUACGCGCGCCUCCUGUCCGAUCCGGAAGCGACGAAGCGGAACGUGACGGAGCGCGGGCUGCCGUUCGCGGAAGAGCACGUCGAGGACUUGCGCGACGCGCGCGCCUACGCGCUCGACGUCGAGCAGCGGCUGAACAGCGCGCGGGCGGAGCACGGCGCGAUCUCGUCGCUGUUCCGCGACCAACACAAGAAGCGGGACAAGAAGCAGGCGAUCGCGGACGCGCGCGCGCUCAAAGAGCGCGUGCAUGCGCUCGAGCGCGAAGCGCGCGAGGCGGACGACGAGCUCUUCGCGCUCGCGAGCACCCUGCCGAACUUUACGCAUGCGGACGCGCCGCGCGGCGCCGAAGACGCCGCGGUCGAGAUCGAGCGCUUCGGCCCGCCGCCGGCGCGUGCCGACGACGCGCGCGACCACGUCGAAAUCGCACGCCGCUUCGGGUGGCUCGACACCGCCGCGAGCGCGCUCGCGACCGGCGCCAGCUGGCCAUACCUCCGCGGCACGUUCGCGCAGCUCGAACACGCGCUCGUGGGCUACGCGGUGAGCAAAGCCAUGGCGGCGGGGUACGAGGUCGUGUCCCCCCCCGACGUGGUGAUGGCGGACAUGGCGGCGCGCUGCGGCUUCCAGCCGCGCGAUGGCGAAGACGGGCCGCGCCAGACGUACUAUAUCGAGCAGGAGGAGGGGUCGGGCGAGCCCACCCUCUGUUUGGCUGGCACGGCAGAGGUGCCCCUCGCAUCCAUGUUUGCGAACCAGGUGCUCUAUGCCGCCGGGCUGCCGGCGCGGGUCGUCGGCGUCGGCCGCGCGUUUCGCGCCGAGGCCGGCGCGCGGGGCGCAGAUACCCGCGGCCUAUACCGCGUCCACCAGUUUACAAAGGUCGAGCUGUUCAACGUCACGCGGCCCGAGGAGAGCGAAGCGGCGAUGGAGGAUAUGUUGGUGCUGCAGAAGGACAUUGCGCGGAGUCUGGGGCUGAGUGUGCGCGUCCUCGACAUGCCGACGCAAGAACUCGGCGCCUCCGCGUCCCGCAAAUACGACAUGGAAGCCUACAUGCCUGGCCGGGGCAAAUGGGGCGAAAUCACCAGCACCUCCAACUGCACCGACUACCAGUCGCGCCGGCUCCUGAUCCGGUACCGGGACGGGGACGCGGGCCUGCGCUUCCCGCACACGCUGAACGGGACCGCGGCGGCGGUGCCGCGCCUCAUCGUUGCGCUGGUGGAGAACGGCGCGCGGAUGCGCGGCGGCGAGGUCGUCGGCGUCGACUUGCCCGCGGUGCUGCGGCCGUUUUGGGUCGGCCCGGAGGCCCUCGCGGAUGGGAACGGGGAGGGGGAGGGGGUGGUGCGGUUUGUUUAGCGUAGUACGGAGCUUGCAUCAUCGGUAGAACAGGCAGAGCAGGCAGAGACGUGCCCGCCGUAGCAGCAUGGCAGCAUGGCAUCAUGG